AAUAAGUCCUUUUCAAAGGUCUAACAGCAAUACAGAGCCUGGACAUCCAAACUUCUGUGGUUCCAUAGGAAGCCAGGAUGUACCUGCUGGGUCAUCUGCUUCUGAGAUGUAUCUGCCUCUCACUUUUAAUAUUCCACUUUUCUGACGCUCGUGCUUCAUACUAUAUUUCAACUCCUAGUAUUAUAUACUCUGGAAUCAAUACAACACUUUGUGUUCACUGGUUUGGGAGCAGUUAUUCUGAAAUCAAUGUCACUGCUGGAAUUUUACACCAAGAUGUAACUGUAGCUCAAGCAACACAAGUUUUUCAGAAUGAUUCCAUUGGAAUUAUGUCUAUACCUGCAACUCCAUUGGAUUCUUCCGACUAUGGUUAUUUUUUAUUUGUAAAUGGAUCAGCUGGAAAUGAAUCGAUUUUUUCAAACAUUUUUGACCUGACUAUAAAACAAAUUCAAACAAAUACAUUCAUUGAAACGGACAAGAAAAAUUACAGACCUCAGGAAACAGUCAAGAUUAGAAUUAUAACUGUAUAUAAUGACUUGACACCAUACAAAGGACCUAUAAAUAUAUAUAUAACGGUAUGAGUGACUUGGUUCUAUUGUAUAUAGCUGCAUAGCUAUUAAAUCUCUAUACUGUACAUAUACAGGUAUGGUAUCUGUUACAUGGAAACUUGUUAGCCAGAAAGCUCACAUUGUAUAGAUUGUAUAUUUUAAGCAAAUAAUUUACAUUUUUAAAAACAAUUUCCUGUUUCUCAGUAAUAAUAAAAAAAUA